AUGGAAGCUGCAAAUGCCGCCACCUCCUACACGGUGGAGAUGCCACUGGAGACGGAAGUUGUCCACCGUGUGGUGCCGCCGCCUCGCCGGAGCACUUUCCAGAAACUCAAAAACCGACUCAAAGAGACCUUCUUCUCCGACGACCCCCUCCGCCACUUCAGGAACAAGCCGCUGAGGACAAAAAUUGCAGUCGGAGCACAGUACAUAUUUCCUAUAUUAGAAUGGGGUCCUAAAUAUAACCUCAAACUCCUCAAGUCCGAUAUUGUCGCUGGUCUCACCAUUGCUAGCCUAGCCAUUCCUCAGGGCAUAAGUUAUGCAAAGCUGGCCAAUUUGCCUCCCAUUGUUGGUCUUUAUUCAAGUUUUGUGCCUCCACUAAUAUAUGCUGUUCUUGGGAGCUCAAGGGAUCUUGCGGUGGGCCCAGUUUCAAUUGCAUCUCUCAUAAUGGGCUCAAUGCUCCGGCAACAAGUUUCCCCAGCCCAAGACCCAAUUUUGUUCCUUGAGCUCGCGUUUUCCUCUACUUUCUUUGCUGGCCUCUUUCAAUCUUCUUUGGGCUUCUUAAGGUUGCUUGGAUUUAUAAUUGAUUUUCUAUCAAAAGCUACACUUAUUGGGUUCAUGGCUGGUGCUGCUAUUAUUGUCUCUCUUCAGCAGCUUAAGAGCCUGCUUGGGAUCCAACACUUUACCAAGAAAAUGGGCAUACUUCCUGUUUUCACUUCUGUCUUUCACAACUCUCAUGAGUGGUCAUGGCAAACGAUAGUGAUGGGCUUUUGCUUCCUUGUCUUACUUCUCUUGGCAAGACAUAUUAGCAUUAGAAAACCAAAGCUGUUCUGGGUAUCAGCUGGAGCUCCUCUUCUCUCUGUUAUCAUCUCAACUGUGCUUGUUUUCGCGUUCAAAGCUCAAAACCACGGCAUCAGCAUUAUAGGAAGAUUGCAGGAAGGAUUAAAUCCUCCAUCGUGGAACAUGUUGCGUUUUCACGGAGGCUACUUAGGACUGGUGAUCAAAACCGGGCUAGUGACCGGCAUCAUUUCGCUUACCGAAGGAAUUGCGGUCGGGAGGACUUUUGCAGCCUUGAAGAAUUAUCAAGUGGACGGGAAUAAAGAGAUGAUCGCAAUCGGUCUAAUGAAUAUAGUCGGCUCGUCCACUUCUUGCUACGUCACAACAGGUCGUGCAUUUUCGAGAUCGGCUGUGAACCACAAUGCCGGCUGCAAAACAGCCGUUUCGAACAUAGUCAUGGCGAUCACAGUGAUGGUCACGCUCUUGUUUCUAAUGCCGCUUUUCCAGUACACGCCAAACGUGGUCUUAGGGGCCAUAAUCGUGACUGCCGUGAUUGGCCUUAUAGAUGUCCCGGCCGCCUGUGAGAUUUGGAGGCUCGACAAAUUCGACUUUCUUGUGAUGCUUUGCGCGUUUUUCGGAGUUCUGUUUAUAUCUGUUCAAGAAGGCCUAGCUAUUGCGUACAAAGAAGCCGUUAGUGUGCCCGGAUUUCUAAUUUUGAGCAUUGAGGCUCCGAUUAACUUUGCCAAUUCUACUUAUCUCAAGGAAAGGAUUAUGAGAUGGGUGGAAGACUGUGAAACGAGCGAUGCAGGAAAGCGAUCGGGUCUUAAAUUUGUCUUACUCGAUUUAACAGCUGUUAGUUCAAUCGACACGAAUGGAGUGUCAUUCUUUAAAGAUUUGAGGAUGGUCCUGGAAAAAAGGGACUUGGAGCUUGUGCUCGUGAAUCCUGUUGGCGAGGUGAUUGAAAAAUUGCAACGAGCCAAUAAUGAUGAGACAAAGGAGUUGUCGAGAGGCGGUUGCUUGUUCUUGACCGUUGGAAGCUGGAAACGGAGCCCUCCGUCCCAGAUCCCUCACAACGGGAGACCCGAACCCGAAGACCCUCACCACCAGCCCCACAACAAACCAACAAGAUUAAGCCCAACCCAUGGAAUCCCGACCUCAGCCGAAUCUCGCCGUCGAUCACCCCCGUCCAACACCAGAGACGGAGGGGACUCAGCAGCUGGAAGUAGUAACAUCCACCUCGGAUCUCUCAGAAAGGGAGACGAGGUCGCGACCCACUCUAGAGAAACGCCAGAGGCUCGCCCAACCCGCGAAUACACCGACAAGAACACGGCUGCCCUCCCCAUCGUCCUAGCAACCUUUAAAUUGGCGACACCUAGGAUGGGAAGUGGGCCACAUCUGAAGCGGCGAUUCACCAAAGAGCGGGCCACGAGGCCCGAGGACGCCCCACCGAGAAGCCCUGUGCAGAUCUGCUAG